AUGAGAGACGAUUGCGGUAACAAGCUUUACUGUGCUAGCGCUGAUCCUAAACCGCCGCUUACGCUGGUGGAGUUCCAGAUGCAGCCGUCUGGACAUGACAGAUACGCUAUCUCGAUCAAAAGAGGCUUCAACAUCUUGGCCAGGGCUUACACGAAACUGUUCGAGGACAGAGUAGGAAACAUGCACAAUUAUCCUUUAAGAGGUGUCAUUUUCCCAGGCAAUCCAAAUUUGGUUAAACAAGAUGGAGUUUGGGUGGGCGAGGACUAUUUGGAGUUCCAGUCAUUCGUCAAAGCCUUCAACGCUACUGAAUGUGUUGUGGAAUUAGAUUAUCCAGCUGACUUUCCUGACGCUGUGAAAAACAUUGUGGCCAACAAAAGUGAUAUUUGUAUCAACGCCAUGUACGAUGUUAGUUUUUUAAAGGAAGUUGACCGAGUCUUUUUCAAUACGUUUGAGAAUAUGGUGCUGAUCGUACCAAAGUCUAAAGUCAUUCCACAAAUCAGUUAUUUGUGGAUGACCAUGCAACCGUUUACUUAUGUUGCUGUUUUGAGUACUUUACUGAUGGUUUGCUUCACCACUAAAUUGGUUAAUCCACGAUUAUCUCUUAGCACCAGUUUUAUUUUUGCCUACUCCGCUUUGUUUAGAAUAUCCAUUAAACUGGAAGGGAACAGGAAGUUUAAAAUGUUAUAUCUGUGUUGGUACGUCACAAUAAUGUUUGUAUGCAGCAUGUUUGAAGCAAAACUAUUUCAAGCACUUGUAACAACCAGAAGUCUUCCUGACAUUGAUACUCUGGACGAUUUUCUAAAAACUAACCUGACCGUUUUUACUGCAAGAGCCUACGUUUCAAUGGCAUCAGAAAAGAUGCAGCAGGCCAACUUUGAAUUCAUAGACAAACCAAAAUUAAUACAAAUGAUCAAAACAGGGCAUGACGAAGGAGCUUAUUUAGUAAGAAACAGUUUGGCCACCAGUUUGAGUACAAGAGUUGUGGACAGAGAUGAUUAUCCUCUGUUUCAUACUGUCGAAGAGCCAGUUGCUUGUGGACACCUGGUUUAUUUGGUCCAGCAUCGUUCCCCUCUUCAGGAGCCUUUGAGAAAGAUAGUUUUGUUGGUGAAAGCUUACGUGGAAAGGAUGAUUAUUAUUUGUAUUUACCCCAAGGACAUGGAAUAA